AUAUAUAUAUAUAUUUGAAGGGUAUAUAUAUAUAUACACACACACUAAACUGUUUCAAUCAAACAAUUAUAAUCAAGUUGAGAGAGAAUUAACAUGAUGGGGAGGGUUGUUUUCUCAGCAAUCAAUAGGGUUUGUGACCAUAUAUGGUUUUCAGACCUAGCAAUUGCUCUUCUUGGCCUCUUCAUCUUCAGCUCUAUGCUUGAGAGACUCACCAACAAGGGUCCUAUGUUAUGGCCAGUGAUGGGGAUCAUACCCUCCUUGUUCCUCCAUGUCAACAACAUCUAUGAUUGGACCACCAGAUCUUUGAUCAAGACUAGGGGCACAUUCCAUUACAAAGGGAUGUGGAUGGGUGGUGCUUAUGGUAUCAUAACUGUUGACCCUUCCAAGAUUGAGUACAUGUUGAGGACGAAGUUCAAGAACUUCCCUAAAGGGAAGUACUACAGAGAGAGGUUCCAUGACUUGCUUGGAGAUGGCAUCUUCAAUGCUGAUGGUGAAAUGUGGAAGGAGCAGAGGCGAGCAGCGACUUCGGAGAUGCACACGAGCCGGUUUGUGGAGUAUUCUAUGCAGACUAUCCAAGAUUUGGUGCACCACAAGCUGUUGAUGCUGCUAGAGAAAGUGGUCAAUUCAGGAGCUUCCAUUGAUCUUCAAGAAGUGCUUCUUAGGUUCACUUUUGAUAAUAUAUGUACCGCGGCCUUUGGUGUCGAUCCAGGGUGCUUGUCACUUAACCUACCGGAUGUCCCUUUCGCGAAAGCUUUUGAGGACGCCACAGAAUUCACUCUGUUCAGAUUCAUGGUGCCUCCUUUUGUAUGGAAGGUCAUGAAGUUCUUCGGGGUAGGGUUCGAAAAGAGGCUCAAACAAGCGGUACUAAUUGUCCAUGACUUUGCUGAGAAGACAGUGAGAGAUAGGAGGAUGGAAUUGAGUAAGGUUGGUGGCUUGAAAGAUCGGUCUGAUCUCUUGUCUAGGCUUAUUGACACUCAAAACCAUAAUGAAGAAAGCAAUAAAAGUUACUUGUCUGAUAGGUUUCUUCAAGAUUUCUGCAUAAGCUUCAUUUUAGCAGGACGAGACACGAGCUCCGUGGGACUGGCAUGGUUCUUCUGGUUAGUCCAUAAACACCCACAAGUUGAAAAGAGAAUUCUCAGUGAGAUCAAUGAAAUUUUAGGGCAUCGUGCGUCGAAAAAAGAAGAAAUGAAGGACAUAUCUUUCACUGCUGAGGAGUUGAAGAAGAUGGUGUACUUGCACGCCGCGAUUUCUGAAUCUCUAAGGCUCUAUCCCCCGGUGCCUAUUGAUUUCAAAGAGGUUCAGGAGGAUGAUGUGUUUCAGGAUGGGACUGUGGUGAAAAAGGGUGCAAGGGUUUUGUACUCCAUUUUCUCGAUGGCUCGGAUUGAGUCCAUUUGGGGGAAGGAUUGCGAGGAGUUCAAGCCGGAGAGGUGGCUCAAGGAUGGGGAGCUUGUGAGUGAGAAUCAGUUCAAGUAUCCGGUGUUCAAUGCCGGGCCGAGACUGUGCGUGGGGAAGAAGUUUGCUUACAUGCAGAUGAAGAUGGUGGCUGCUUCAAUCCUGUUGAGCUAUUCAGUAAAGGUAGUUGAAGGUUUUGGUGUUGUUCCAAAGAUCACAACCACACUUUACAUGAAGAAUGGGUUGGUGGUGACUUUGGAACCUAGGGUUUGGUGAAUGUAAGUUUGUAUAUUGUGCCCUAAAGUACACUAGGAAAUAAUGGGUAGCUUUUUGGUCUUGUGGAUUCGCAUAUGUACUUGUAAUGUAGUACUAUGGAAUAGAUAAUGCGAAUAUAUAUAUAUAAUUACAACUACAUGGUGUUAGAUGGAUUAUAUUGCCAUCUAUGGAGUUGCAAAUAUGUAAUUUGCAUAGUCUGUUUUCUUUUGGCCUCCUCUUGUUGGGUUGGCUUGCUUUGGGCUACUAAGGCAAGUGUUUCAUUAAGCAUAUCAUAGCAUACAUAUAACCAUUUCGGAAAAAAUAUACAUUCAAUU